CCUCCAGCCCGGGCCGCCGUGCGCCCCGGGGGCCGGCCCCGCGAGCGCAGGAGUAAACACCGCCGGAGUCUUGGAGCCGCUGCAGAAGGGAAUAAAGAGAGAUGCAGGGAUUUGUGAGGUUACGGCGCCCCAGCUGCAGGAUGCACUAGCCGGCUGAACCCGGGAUCGGCCGACUCGUGGGAACCGGAGUGCUCUGCACGGAGUGGUGGAUGAGUUGAAGUUGCCUUCCCGGGGCUCGUUUUCCACGCUGCCGAGAGGAAUCCGAGAGGCAAGGCAAUCACUUCGCCUUGCCAUUGAUUGGGUAUCGGGAGCUUUUUUUUUUUUUUUUCCUCCCCUCUCUCUUUCUUUUCCUCCGUCUUGUUGCAUGCAAGAAAAUUACAGUCCGCUGCUCGCCCGCCCUGGGUGCGAAAUAUUCAGCCCCGCUCUCUCCCGUGCAUCGUGCAACCCGAAGAUGAAAGACCGAAGGGGAGAAAGUUAAAGAAAUCGCCCACAUGCGCUGGAUCAGUCCACGGCUUGGGGAAAGGCAUCCAGAGAAGGUGGGAGCGGAGAGUUUGAAGUCUUUACAGGCGGGAAGAUGGCGGACUGGAGCUGAAAGUGUUGAUUGGGAAACUUGGGUGAUUCUUGUGUUUAUUUACAAUCCUCUUGACCCAGGCAGGACACAUGCAGGCCAAAAAACGCUAUUUCAUCCUGCUCUCAGCUGGCUCUUGUCUCGCCCUUUUGUUUUAUUUCGGAGGCUUGCAGUUUAGGGCAUCGAGGAGCCACAGCCGGAGAGAGGAGCACAGCGGUCGGAAUGGCUUGCACCACCCCAGUCCGGAUCGUUUCUGGCCCCGCUUCCCGGACGCUCUGCGCCCCUUCGUUCCUUGGGAUCAAUUGGAAAACGAGGAUUCCAGCGUGCACAUUUCCCCCCGGCAGAAGCGAGAUGCCAACUCGAGCAUCUACAAAGGCAAGAAGUGCCGCAUGGAGUCCUGCUUCGAUUUCGCCCUUUGCAAGAAAAACGGCUUCAAAGUCUACGUAUACCCGCAGCAAAAAGGGGAGAAAAUCGCCGAAAGUUACCAAAACAUUCUAGCGGCCAUCGAGGGCUCCAGGUUCUAUACCUCGGACCCCAGCCAGGCGUGCCUCUUUGUCCUGAGUCUGGAUACUUUAGACAGAGACCAGUUGUCACCUCAGUAUGUGCACAAUUUGAGAUCCAAAGUGCAGAGUCUCCACUUGUGGAACAAUGGUAGGAAUCAUUUAAUUUUUAAUUUAUAUUCCGGCACUUGGCCUGACUACACCGAGGACGUGGGGUUUGACAUCGGCCAGGCGAUGCUGGCCAAAGCCAGCAUCAGUACCGAAAACUUCCGACCCAACUUUGAUGUUUCUAUUCCCCUCUUUUCUAAGGAUCACCCCAGGACAGGAGGGGAGAGAGGGUUUUUGAAGUUCAACACUAUCCCUCCUCUCAGGAAGUACAUGCUGGUAUUCAAGGGGAAGAGGUACCUGACAGGGAUAGGGUCAGACACCAGGAAUGCCUUAUAUCACGUCCAUAACGGGGAGGACGUUGUGCUCCUCACCACCUGCAAGCAUGGCAAAGACUGGCAAAAGCACAAGGAUUCUCGCUGUGACAGAGACAACACCGAGUAUGAAAAGUAUGAUUAUCGGGAAAUGCUGCACAAUGCCACUUUCUGUCUGGUUCCUCGUGGUCGCAGGCUUGGGUCCUUCAGAUUCCUGGAGGCUUUGCAGGCUGCCUGCGUCCCUGUGAUGCUCAGCAAUGGAUGGGAGCUGCCAUUCUCUGAAGUGAUUAAUUGGAACCAAGCUGCCGUCAUUGGCGAUGAGAGAUUGUUACUACAGAUUCCUUCUACAAUCAGGUCUAUUCAUCAGGAUAAAAUCCUAGCACUUAGACAGCAGACACAAUUCUUGUGGGAGGCUUAUUUUUCUUCAGUUGAGAAGAUUGUAUUAACUACACUAGAGAUUAUUCAGGACAGAAUAUUCAAGCACAUAUCACGUAACAGUUUAAUAUGGAACAAACAUCCUGGAGGAUUGUUCGUACUACCACAGUAUUCAUCUUAUCUGGGAGAUUUUCCUUACUACUAUGCUAAUUUAGGUUUAAAGCCCCCCUCCAAAUUCACUGCAGUCAUCCAUGCGGUGACCCCCCUGGUCUCUCAGUCCCAGCCAGUGUUGAAGCUUCUUGUGGCUGCAGCCAAGUCCCAGUACUGUGCCCAGAUCAUAGUUCUAUGGAAUUGUGACAAGCCUCUACCAGCCAAACACCGCUGGCCUGCCACUGCUGUGCCUGUCAUCGUCAUUGAAGGAGAGAGCAAGGUUAUGAGCAGCCGUUUUCUGCCCUACGACAACAUCAUCACAGACGCCGUGCUCAGCCUUGAUGAGGACACCGUGCUUUCAACCACAGAGGUGGAUUUCGCCUUCACGGUGUGGCAGAGCUUCCCUGAGAGGAUUGUGGGGUACCCCGCGCGCAGCCACUUCUGGGAUAACUCUAAAGAGCGAUGGGGAUACACAUCAAAGUGGACGAACGACUACUCCAUGGUGUUGACAGGAGCUGCUAUUUACCACAAAUAUUAUCACUACCUGUACUCCCAUUACCUGCCAGCCAGCCUGAAGAACAUGGUGGACCAACUGGCCAAUUGUGAGGACAUUCUCAUGAACUUCCUGGUGUCUGCUGUGACAAAACUGCCUCCAAUCAAAGUGACCCAGAAGAAGCAGUAUAAGGAGACAAUGAUGGGACAGACUUCUCGGGCUUCCCGUUGGGCUGACCCUGACCACUUUGCCCAGCGACAGAGCUGCAUGAAUACGUUUGCCAGCUGGUUUGGCUACAUGCCGCUGAUCCACUCUCAGAUGAGGCUCGACCCCGUCCUUUUUAAAGACCAGGUCUCUAUUUUGAGGAAGAAAUACCGAGACAUUGAGCGACUUUGAGGAAUACGGCCGAGUGGGGGAGGGGAAGCGAGAAGGGACUGGGGUCAAGCCGCUCUCUCUUCCCAGUGCAGAUCCACUCAUCAGCAGAGCCAGAUUGUGCCAACUAUCCAAAAACUUAGAUGAACAGAAUGACAAAACAAAAAAAAAAAGAAGACCAAUGAGAACUCAACUCCUGGCUCCUGGGACUGCACUGGACUGCUCCAAACUCACCUCACUGGCUUCUGUGUCCCAAGACUAGGUUGUGUACAGUUUAAUUAUGGAACAUUAAAUAAUUAUUUUUGAAAUGAUUGCUAUGCAGGUUUAAACUUUUUUAAUGAUCAAAACUAUUAAAAACCAGAGUUCUUUGUUUAAUCAAAA